AUGGCCAUAGGUCUUGCGAUCCUGAUAAUUGGCUUCGCCGCGGUUUUUGCAGCGUUCCUGCUGCUGAUAAUUGGACUUAUCUAUGCGGAAUUAAUGAAUUCGGAAAUCCCUAGCGGGGUCACCAAUCGUUCGAAACUACACGUAGUUCACAUUUUAUUUGUCGGCAUAGCAAUUGUGGGCCGGAUUUUGGACCGUUUGGGUCUCUGUCACCAAGUGAGCUUCACCCGCUGGGUUUCCGCCCGCUUCCUGGUCUGCAAGAGGCCGGCUCCGCCCGGGCUGCACAUCCGAGACAUGCUGUUCGAAGGGGUUCCAGUCCGAGUGUACCAGCCCACAGCGCCCUCUGCUGGUGGGAGGAGGGGCCUGGUGUACUUCCAUGGUGGGGGCUGGGUGAUGGGAAGCAUAGACACCGCAGAUGAAAUCUGCAGAUGCAUCGCCAAAGAGUCCAAAACCACAGUGGUGUCAGUUGGUUACCGCCUGGCCCCUGAGCACACGUACCCAGCCCCACUGGACGACUGCGAGGCCGCCACCUGCCACUUCCUGUCGGUGGCGGAGGCCGAUUUCGGGGUGGACCCCUGCAGGGUGGCGGUGGGCGGGGACAGCGCCGGCGGAAACCUGGCGGCCGCCCUGUGCCAGCGGCUGGCCAAGAGAGCAGACGGCCGUGUGCCGCCCCCCCGCGCCCAGGUCCUGCUCUACCCCGCCCUGCAGAUGGCAGAUUUCAGCCUGCCCUCGUACCAGCAGAACCACGCAGUGCCCGUGCUGUUCCGCGGGCGGGCCGCCUUCUACUUCCUGCAGUACCUGUGCGGGGACGCGGCGCUGUGCCCGGACCUGCUGGAGGGAGCCCACGUGCCCCCUGACCUCAGGCUGCAGUACAGGAAGUGGCUGUCCCCAGAGCUCCUCCCGCCCGAGUUCCUGGCGCGGGGGUGCGGGGAGGGGCCGGCGCCGGCCCAGCACGACGGCGAGGUGUACCACGCGGUCCGCGCAGGGCUGGACCCCGAGGUGUCCCCCCUGCUGGGCGAGGAUGAGGUUGUCCGUCGGACGCCCCCCGCCUUCGUCCUCACCUGUGAGUACGACGUCCUGAGGGAUGAUGGGAUACUGUUCCGGAAGCGGCUGGAGGACCUGGGCGUGGCCGUGUCCUGGCACCACGCCCGCGACGGCUUCCACGGGAUCCUCAACUUCUACAACCGCGGCUGGCUGAGCUUCAUGGCCGCCAGGCCAAUCCUGGACAGCAUUGUCAGAUACAUGGAGACGCUUUGA